UCCAUUAUAUUUCCUUUAUUUUUUUAUAUAUCUUUUUUUUUUUGUUCUUAUGUAGCACAUCAGGUGCACUCCAGUUCUAGUGUUCUACUUGAAAACUUUCUUUUUUUCUUUUUUUUUUUGUACGAAAGAAAAGGGAAAACGAAAACAAAAAAACAAGAUAACUUUGUUGGGCGAUUCUUUACGGUUAUUUACCGUUUAAAUCUUCUUCAUACAUUUUUUUUCUUCUCCGUUUAAUUUGAUUGAAGUGGCGCCUCAACCAUAUCCGAGAGAAGAUGAAAGUAGGCGUCUGUUUGUAAUGAAGAGUUGGGUAUGGAUCGCCUCCACCGUUUCCCUCUCUUUAUAAUAAUCCUCCAUAACCACCUGCCUUCCACGCCGCCCCUUCCUCCCUAACACUAACAGAAACAGUUUCUUGUUGACUCGCAAAACAUCGUUAAAUAACGAUGUUUACCAGCAAUGCUGCAGCGGCGAAAAAAUUAGGCAAGAGGAAGGUGAGGGAAGUCACCGGGGAAACUUCCGCCGCCGCAGCACACUGCUUCAAUCCUCACAUGGAUGCCCGACGCCGUUCGCAAAUACUAAACAACGCUGCUGCGGCCGCACCCUUCUCGUACCUGGCCCUGUUGACUGCCGACGACAGCCACGGCCAUUGCGAUGAUGAUGACGAUGAAAGCUGCCCUUUCUCGAAAGAUAUCAAGAACCAAAGCGACAAAAUCAAUCAAAUGAUAAUGUUCCAUAGUGAGAAUCUUCGGCAGUCCGUGGUGGGAACGUUGUGUGCGGCAGAGGAGAGAGCGGCGAAGAGGCUGAGGGCGAGCGAGGCGAGGAACGCGGAGUUGGAGAGGUUGGCGGAGCUGUACAAGGGGGAAGCGGAGCGGCUGCUUAUGAGGGUGAGAUACUUGGAGAUGUCGAAUGCCUAUGCCGAGGAAGAGGAGGCAGAGUCAUCGUUCGAGGAUCCGGACCGCGUGAGGCCCGUGAGGCUCGACUGCAAGGUAUGCAAGAGAGAGCUGGCGAAGGUGAUGCUGUGGCCGUGCCGCCAUGUCUGCGUCUGCCCGAGCUGCGAUGCUGCCACCAAGUGCUGCCCCGUUUGCCGUCUGGUUAAGACCACCAGUGUUCAACUCUCUCUUCCCCUCGAUUAAAUUAUUUGUAACCAUGGAUAUGGAUGUAUUGUUAUUGUUAUUGUGUUUUGAUCAAUAAGAAGAUCAUAUAAUUGUUGUAAUGGCAAACAAACAAUGAUAAAGAACAAAUAUUACCUAUUUUAAUUGUUGUAAUUUGAAAGAAAACAAUGAGCACAAUAUGUAAAUGGACAAAUUUUGAAAUUAAGAAGAAAAUUUACCUCCUUAUUGUAUUGAACCAUUACAUAAAUGUUUUUAAGCCCAAACUCUGAGUCGAGGCUGAAGAUCUGAUACUUUGAUCUCAUCUAUUUUAGCUGCAACGAUGAAGUCAUUAAAGCUAAGCCCUCCUGCAACAAUUUAGACAAAAAUGCUGAUAAUAAUAAUCCACAUAAAUCAGAUUUCUUAUCCACAAAAUUCAGAUUUAACCUACCAAUUGAAGAGGUCCAAAGUCGAGCUCUGACUUGAUUUGGCGCCUCGAAAUGAAGCUCAGGCAGAUGCCCCGUCGAUUCUACCUUGUCUCUGAUCCGGUUGAUGAGUUCUUCUCCACACUUUUCAUCCCUAACUUUCCACAAUCCCUCAAGUUUCAACCCCUCUCCCUCAUCAACUAGUUUCCAUCCAACAACCUUAAACAGCAGCUUUUUGGCGUCGUCGACGGACAAUUGUUGGAGGUCGGAGAUGGGAGCGCAAUUCAUCUGCGCGAGAGAGAGAGCGGAGGCAUUCGGUAUCAAAAUCUUGUGCUCUGUGUUGACGUUUCCCUGAACUUUGUCGGCAAAAUUGCUCUCUAUCUCGGCCGGGAAAGGGUCUCUGGCUCCGAAAUCGCCGAGCAGGUCGAUCUCCGAUGCUCGGAUUCUUAGCGAAGUCCGUCUGGGACUGGGGGUGGAGGGGAGGCAUUUGCGUGUUGAAAUUCUAGAGAGAGAGAGGAGGGGGGAGAGAGAAAAGCCUAGGAGUUGCGCCAUGGGAGGAAGAG